GGCGGCGCGGGCGGCGGCUCUCGGCGCUCUGAGGCGCGGGGCGCGGCGGGCGCAGGGCUCAUGUAAUCAAAGAAGUUUGUUUGUUGUGUGUAUCUUUUCAGAACACAACAGGAAUUGAAAAUGAAUCAGAACACUGAGCCUGUUGCAGCUGCUGAGAGCCUGGCUGAGGUACCCGAACAUGUGCUUCGAGGACUUCCAGAGGAAGUGAGGCUUUUCCCAUCUGCUGUUGACAAGACUCGGAUUGGUGUCUGGGCCACUAAACCAAUUUUAAAAGGCAAAAAGUUUGGGCCAUUUGUUGGUGAUAAGAAAAAAAGAUCUCAGGUUAAGAAUAAUGUGUACAUGUGGGAGGUGUAUUACCCAAAUUUGGGAUGGAUGUGCAUUGAUGCCACCGACCCAGAGAAGGGGAACUGGCUGCGAUAUGUGAAUUGGGCUUGCUCAGGAGAAGAGCAGAAUUUAUUUCCGCUGGAAAUCAACAGGGCCAUUUACUAUAAAACUUUAAAGCCAAUCGCGCCGGGUGAGGAGCUCCUGGUCUGGUACAAUGGGGAAGACAACCCCGAGAUAGCAGCUGCGAUUGAGGAAGAGCGAGCCAGCGCCCGGAGCAAGCGGAGCUCCCCGAAAAGCAGGAAAGGGAAGAAAAAAUCCCAGGAAAGUAAAAACAAAGCAAACAAAACCGAAGACCUACAGCUGAAGACAAGUGAGCCAGAUUCUGCUUCUGCAAAGAUGAGAGAUUCUGCGGAAGGUCCCAAAGAAGAGGACGAGAAGGCGUCAGCCUCUGCAGUGGAGCAGACAGCCGUUCUUCAGGAGGCGGUCAGUCAGGAUGUGCUUCCGGAUCGCGUCGUCCCCCCCGCCGCCUGUGAGCCCCGCCCGGAACCAGACGGGAGGCCGGCAGCCAUGGCCUGUGAGGUGAAUGAGGUGGAGGAAGAGGAGGAAGAGGAGGAGGAGGAAGAGGACGAGCUGGAGGAAGAGGGCGAGGAAGAAGCUGAUAUGCCAAAUGAAAGUUCUGUGAAAGAGCCAGAGAUACGAUGUGAUGAGAAGCCAGAAGAUUUACUAGAAGAACCAAAACACGUGUCAAAAGAAACGCUUGCAGGCUCUCCGGAGGUUCCACCUGUUUCCAGAACUCCCAGAACGAAAGAAGAGGCCAAUGGUGACAUCUUUGAGACGUUUCUGUUUCCGUGUCAGCACUGUGAGAGGAAGUUCACGACCAAACAGGGGCUCGAGCGCCACACGCACAUCCACAUGUCCACAGUCAAUCACGCUUUCAAGUGCAAGUACUGCGGGAAGGCGUUCGGCACGCAGAUCAACAGGAGGCGGCACGAGCGGCGCCACGAGGCGGGGCUGAAGCGCAAGCCCGGGCCCGCGCCGCCGCCCGACGAGCCGGCAGACGGCAGGGCCCCGGGAGACCGCGCCGCCGCCGCCGCCGCCGCCGCCGCCCAUGGCUCGCCGCCCUCCGGCCUCGGGCAGGACUCUCUGCUCUCGCACUCCGAGAAGGCGCCCCUGGAAGCGGUCAGUUCUUCUGUUGUAGAGGAGAACGGGGAUGUUAAAGAGCUGCAUCCGUGCAAAUACUGUAAGAAGGUGUUUGGAACGCAUACGAAUAUGAGACGGCAUCAGCGUAGAGUGCACGAGCGCCAUCUGCUCCCCAAGGGCGUGCGGCGGAAAGGGGGCCUCCUGGAGGAGCCGCGCCCCCCCGCGGAGCAGGCCCCGCCCGCCCAGAGUGUCUACGUGCCCAGCACGGAGCCAGAGGAGGACGGGGAGGCAGAGGACGUGUACAUCAUGGAUAUCUCCAGCAAUAUCUCGGAAAACCUAAAGUUCUAUAUUGAUGGCAAAAUUCAGACCAGCAGCAGCACGAGUAACUGUGACGUCAUCGAGAUGGAGUCCAGCUCGGCCGACUUGUAUGGGAUCAAUUGUCUGCUUACUCCAGUUACGGUGGAGAUCACCCAAAAUGUAAAGACCACGCAGGCCGCCGUAGCAGAUGAUCUUCCUAAAGAGCCUUCCAGCGGCACGAACAGCGAGUCCAAGAAACGGAGAACCGCGAGUCCUCCCGCGCUACCCAAAAUCAAAGCGGAGACGGAGCCUGAGCCCUCGGUGCCCUCGUGUUCCUUACUGCCUCUCAGCAUAUCCACGUCAGAGGCAGUGUCUUUCCACAAAGAGAAAAGUGUGUACUUGUCAUCGAAGCUCAAACAACUUCUUCAGACCCAGGACAAGCUAACUCCUCCUGCAGGCAUUUCAGCGACCGAAAUUCCGAAGUUAGGGCCCGUUUGUGUGUCCGCUCCCGCGUCCAUGCUCCCCGUGACCUCGAGUCGUUUUAAGCGGCGGACCAGUUCUCCUCCCAGCUCCCCACAACACAGUCCUGCCCUUCGAGACUUUGGAAAGCAAAGCGAAGGCAAAGCAGCGUGGACUGAUGGAGUUCUAGGUUCCAAAAAGCCCAAAUUAGAAAGUCACAGCAACUCACCCGCGUGGAGUUUAUCGGGGAGAGAGGAGAGAGAAGCUGUGAGCCCGCCAUGCUUUGACGAAUAUAAAGUAUCUAAGGAGUGGGCAGCCAGUUCUACUUUUAGCAACGUGUGCAACCAGCAGCCACUGGAUUUAUCCAGUGGUGUCAAACAGAAGGCUGAGGGCACAGGCCGGACUCCGGUCCAGUGGGAAUCUGUAUUAGAUCUCAGUGUGCAUAAGAAGCCUUGUAGUGACUCUGAAGGCAAGGAGUUCAAAGAAAACCAUCUGGUGCAGCCAGCCUGCAGUGCUGUAAAGAAAAAGAAACCAACUACCUGCAUGCUGCAGAAGGUUCUUCUCAAUGAGUACAAUGGCCUUGACUUACCCGUAGAGAGCACUGCAGAUGUGACCCGGAGCCCGAGUCCUUGUCAGUCCCUGGACCCCCAGCCGGACGCUGGCCUUGGCCCGGACUCCAGUUCGUCGGCCCCUGUGGCUGAGUCCCCACCCGAUGUCUCUCCUUCCUCGCCUGCCCUACAGACCUCGUCCCUUUCUUCUGGGCAGUUGCCUCCUCUCUUGAUCCCAACACACCCCUCUUCCCCCCCAGCCUGUCCUCCCGUGUUGACUGUUGCCACACCACCGCCUCCACUCCUUCCUACUGUCCCUCUUCCGGUCCCCUCUUCCGAGGCAUCUCCCCGUCUGUGUCCCUCCCCGCUCUCGAAUGCCACCGUGCAGUCCCCGCUUCCCAUUCUCUCCCCUACAGUGUCUCCGUCACCAUCUCCCAUCCCUUCCGUGGAGCCGCUCACGUCUGCGGCUUCGCCCGGACCACCGACCCUUUCCUCGUCGUCUUCCUCGUCGUCUUCCUCGUCUUCUUCCUUCUCCUCUUCGUCUUCCUCCUCUUCCCCCUCGCCGCCACCGCUCUCAGCGGUCUCCUCUGUUGUUUCCUCCGGGGAUAAUCUGGAAGCUUCCCUGCCCAUGAUAACUUUCAAGCAGGAGGAACUAGAGAAUGACGAUCUGAAGCCCAGGGAAGAACUCCAGUCUGCAGUGGAACAGGAGAUUGUUCAGGAAACAUUCAACAAAAACUUCGUCUGCAAUGUCUGUGAAUCACCUUUUCUUUCCAUUAAAGAUCUAACCAAACAUUUAUCUGUCCAUGCUGAAGAAUGGCCCUUCAAAUGUGAAUUUUGUGUGCAGCUCUUUAAGGCGAAAACUGAUCUGUCAGAACAUCGCUUUUUGCUUCAUGGAGUUGGGAAUAUCUUUGUGUGUUCAGUUUGUAAAAAAGAAUUUGCUUUUUUGUGCAAUUUGCAGCAGCACCAGCGAGAUCUCCACCCAGACAAGGUGUGCACCCACCAUGAGUUUGAAAGCGGCACCCUGAGGCCCCAGAACUUCACCGAUCCCAGCAAGGCCCAUAGAGAGCAUAUGCAGAGUUUGCCAGAAGAUCCUUCGGAAGCAUCGAAAGAGGAAGAAGAGCUAAAUGAUUCCUCCGAAGAGCUUUACACGACCAUAAAAAUCAUGGCUUCUGGCAUAAAGACGAAAGACCCCGAUGUCCGACUGGGCCUCAAUCAGCAUUACCCGAGCUUUAAACCGCCCCCAUUUCAGUACCAUCACCGAAACCCCAUGGGCAUCGGCGUGACGGCCACAAAUUUCACAACACACAACAUCCCACAGACGUUCACCACUGCCAUUCGCUGCACAAAGUGUGGGAAGGGUGUUGACAACAUGCCGGAGUUACACAAACACAUCCUGGCAUGUGCUUCUGCCAGUGACAAGAAGAGGUAUACCCCUAAGAAAAACCCAGUCCCCUUGAAACAGACUGUACAGCCCAAAAACGGUGUGGUGGUUCUAGAGAACUCCGGGAAGAACGCCUUCAGACGAAUGGGACAGCCCAAAAGACUGAACUUCAGCGUCGAGCUCAGCAAGAUGUCCUCGAACAAGCUCAAACUAAACGCACUGAAGAAAAAAAACCAGCUUGUCCAGAAAGCAAUCCUUCAGAAGAACAAAUCUGCGAAGCAGAAGGCCGACUUGAACGCCGCCUGUGAGCCGGCCUCACACAUCUGCCCGCACUGCCGCAGGGAGUUCACAUACGUCGGGAGCCUCAACAAGCACGCCGCCUUCAGCUGUCCCAAAAAACCGCGCUCUCCUGCCAGAAAAAAUGUUGCCCACUCAUCCAAGAAAGGCGGGCAUGCUUCCCCUGCAGGGAGCGACAAAAACAGCAGCGGCCACCGGCGGCGCACGGCUGACGCGGAGAUCAAGAUGCAAAGCAUGCAAGCUCCUCUGGGCAAGACCAGAGCGCGCAGCUCGGGCCCUGCUCCCGUGCCGCUGCCCUCCUCGUCCUUCAGGUCCAAGCAGAAUGUCAAAUUCGCGGCUUCGGUCAAGGCCAAAAAGCCAAGCUCCUCCUUAAGGAACUCGAGCCCGAUGAGAAUGGCGAGAAUAACUCACGUCGAGGGGAAAAAGCCCAAAGCGGUGGCCAAGAACCAUUCUGCCCAGCUCGCCGGCAAGACGCCCCGGGGCCUGCACGUGCGGGUGCAGAAGAGCAAGGCCGUCCUGCAGAGCAAAGCCGCUUUGGCCAGUAAGAAAAGAACAGACCGGUUCAAUGUAAAGUCUCGAGAACGGAGUGGGGGGCCGGUCACCCGAAGCCUCCUGCUGGCGGCCGCUGCCGCCGGGGACGGCAGGAGGGAGGACAGCGGUGGCAAGCAGGAGCUGAAGGACUUCAGCUACAGUCUCCGCCUGGCAUCCCGGUGCCCUCCUCCAGCCGCCCCGUACGUCACCAGGCAGUGCAGGAAUGUCAAGGCCACGGCCGCAGCCCAGUUCCAGGGACCCCUCUUCAAAGAGUAGAUCCUUCGCCUGCUCCCUGACAGCACCUGAAGUGACCUGGAAUCAGUGAAGCCAAAGGGACUGGCCUUCUGCCCUGCAGGGAGUACCGACCUAUUCCACUUUUAUGAGCCUGCGAGAGAAAGGGAGCGUGUGUGCGUGUGCGUGUGGUCUUCAGACGAGGGUCCCAAACCCCAGGGAGGCAGGAAGGCAGCUGAUUCCACACCAUGGACGACACUUGGGUGCAGCCCCCCGGGACCGUGUUCUGCAGCUCAGCCUUCCUGCUGGGGUGGGGCCUCUCCUACUAUGCAAUUUUUCAAGAGCUCCUUGAUCCUGCUUUUUGCUUCUCGAGUUGUCUUUUGCCAUGGCGGGGACUGUGGUCUGGCUCAGGGGCCGGCUUCAGUCCUGCCCAAGCAAGGCCGUCAGGAGGAGGCCGAGUUUCCCUUCGAACCACCCCACCUGCCCUAGCCUCCCGCCAUGUCUGGGAAUCAGCGGCGUGUGGACGCGUCGGAGCCUCGCGGAUCGACCCCCUUGGCCUGCGCACCUCGAAAACCUCCCCUCUUUGCUUGAGCUGCUAGCUGAGUCGUUUUCCAGAUUUAACAUUCUAGUCGGUCCAUUUGGCGGGAGAAAGUCCCCGUCCCCAUUUGCAGAUCCGGUUCCUCCCUUGGGAGAGGCGGGGGAUGGGACGGCAUGGGGGGGAGGGGGAGGUCUCCCCGGUGCUGCUUUUGCCUCCCUUGGUGGGACCAUCAACACCUUUAGCGGCUGACCUCCUCAGAGUAGCUGAAAAGGGAAUCAGAAAUUGGGAAAUGAAAAAUAAGCUGGAGGAUUAAGAAGCACAGGGGGGAGAAGAAGAGAUUUCCAGAGGCCACCAGUCGCCUACCAGGGAAUGACGGAGCCGGCUCCUGCUUUGCGCAGGAGCAGUCCACGUCUCGGAGAAACGGGUGAGCUGAGCUAGGAGUUUGGACCCAGUUCAGUGAGGGUCUUGGGUUUUGUGCCUUUGGGGCAGACCCCAGACACGGAUGUCUGAGACCACUCUGGCGCUGUUUUCUCAGCUCUGUUUUCAGUCGCGAUGUAUCGAACCCACAGUGGAAGGAGAGCAAUUGGAAGGACGUGAGUGGUCACACACAAAAAGGGACUUUUUUUUUCAGGGCUACUAUGGUUGAUCUUGCAACUCUGUAAAUAUGUACGUAGACACUUUUAAAAGCACGUAUUUAUGUCCCUGACUGUAAAUGCCCCCUUUUUAAAGUUUUAUAACUUGUGUUAUUUAAUUAAUCAGUCGACUGGCUGCAGUGUAGGGUCUGAUGAUGGUCUGGGAGGAAGGUCUCACGAGACCCUCAUAUGGGCAGAACAGUGCCGAUCGCUGGCCUCCGUUCACAGUUUUCCACUUGCCACCCAGCUCCGAACCAUCGUUUGUUUUCAAUUUCCAUAAGCUUGACAUCCUUUUGCCCACUCCUAAAAUCAACCCUCACAAGCAUGAAAAGCUGUGGCUGUUCCUUAUCCUGACGAUACAAUUCUGUCCCAUAAACGUCGACACUCAUGAACUGUACCCCAGCCUCUCAGUUCUUGAGGGUUCCCCUUUUCAGCAGCAAGGAAGGCUCAUGAAUCCAAAACUUCGAAAGUCGCCUUCAACUGAUGGUGAAUUCCAGAAAAUGUUGUGGGGGGCUGGGGGACACUCAUCUUUGCAUGUGCAAACGUGCCGGUCAGCCUUCGAACCUCUCAGACUAGCGGAAAGGGCUGUGAGGGUCCCGAUCAUGAAGACAGGGGUGGUCUUCUAAAGACUGGUGUUUCCUGGUCGGUGGUAGUUUUCGGGCGUGGGUGUGGAUCACUGAAGAGAACGGUUCUGUAUCUGCCAUGUGAAGAAAAUUAACAAUAAAAGUGUGAAGCGCGAUUGUAAG